CAGAACGGAGCGCGGCGGUCAUGGCCCUCACACGGAUCCGGUGUACAAUUCUCCGGUUAGAGUGAACGACAUGUGAACACAGCGCGCGUGUGAGUGCUGAAGAACAGAACCGGACCCUCUGGUACCGACUGAGCCGGACACGGUGACACGGCGGAUCCACGCGCGAGUUCACUGAGGGAAUUUUACGCGCAGACUGAGGACGCGUUCUACGCCUAUUUAAUUUUUUGUUUUCUAUAUAAUUUUAUUAAAUUUUUUAUACGCUUUAGACUCCAUUCAUGAGUUCGGUUUUUAAGAACAGUUGCUUUCCGACCAACAAACUGUGGAGAAAAUUGGAUUCACUUUAAACUAAAAAAUAAAUAAAUAAAUAAAUAAAAAUUAACACGACCACUUUUCCCUCAGAAAAAAAUGAUGAAAUUUCACAAUUCUGAUCUGUGGAUUGCUUGGCUGUUCUUCUUCUGUGUGGAUGUGUGUGUGCAAGCGCUGGAAGUGACGGUCAGCCAGAGCAGCGUCCAGGUGGCGAGAGGUCAGGCGGCAAUCUUGCCCUGUACGUUUACCACGAGCGCCGCCCUAAAUAAUCUUUACAUCAUCUGGAUGGUCACGCCGCUCGCCAACGCUAACCAACCAGAGCAGGUGAUCAUCUAUCAGGGUGGGCAGGUGUUCAGUUUAGCCAAUCACAUGAACGGGCGAGUGGGUUUCGUGUCCAUUAUGCCCAGCACAAGUGCCUCAAUCUUCAUCAAUAACACUCAGCUGUCUGACACAGGGACAUACCAGUGCCUAGUCAAUAACCUCCCUGACCGCGGAGGGCGCAAUAUAGGAGUCAUUGGCCUCACUGUGCUUGUUCCUCCGUCCAUACCGUCCUGUCGUAUUCAGGGUGCUUUGGAUGUGGGCAGUGAUGUGAUGCUCUUGUGUGGGUCAGACGAGGGAAUCCCUACGCCCACCUACUCCUGGGAAAAACUGGAGUCAGUGCCCAAACUGCCCCACAAUGCCAUGCAAGAUCAGAUGCAGGGUACAGUGACACUGAGGAACAUCAGCACCAGCACGUCUGGACUGUAUCAGUGCACCGCGUCAAACACCAUCGGAAAGAGCACUUGCCUACUAAACCUGCAGGUCGUAGCACCUCAGCCUCAGAGUGUCGGUCUGAUCGCCGGCACGAUCAUCACUGGUAUUCUAGCGCUGGUUAUCUGCUCUCUGCUGGUGGUGGUGACGUUCUUCUACUGGAGAAACAAGAACAAAUACGAUGAAGAUGAAAUUCCCAACGAGAUCAGGGAGGACGAUCUUCCUCCGAAGAGAUCUUCAUCAGUGAAGGCCUUCCACGCCGACGCCUCCUCUUCAGAGAACGACACGCUGACGUCCACCAACACCUACAACAGCCAUUACUGGCACAACCCCAAACCCAACUACGACACCAACUCCUACACACGAUAUAACGGCGACACCCGGCAGACCUUUACAGGUGGAUCCAACAGCGCAGGAAACGCCCCCUCACGCCCCGCCUACACCAACGGCAGCCACACUCUGCCCCCGCCCAAAACUCUGGUGGUCACUACCAACUCCGCCCCCUCCCCGCCCGUUAUGGCACGGAGUAACGGCUCGUUGAGCCUGCGCCCGACCAUCGCCACGACAGCGGCAGUGACGCACGGGCAACAACACACGCACUCAUACGCCGUGAGCCAAGCCACGCUAGAGCGCAUGGGCGCCGUGCCCGUCAUGGUGCCCGCCCAGAGCAGAGCGGGCUCGCUCGUCUGAUAGAAGCAAACACGCAUGGACGAAAUAAAACUGUUUUAUAAUCGAGUUCAGCUGAUGCCAACUAAAACUGGUCCACACCACCGUUAACGUCCCUUUUGCGCCCUUUUUUUUAUAUUGCCUGUUUGCUUGUUCGUUUCUUUGUUUCGUUUUUUUAAGGCUUGCCAGUAAACUGGGUUUGUUGCAGGCAGAAAAGGGCCCUCAGGAGACAAAUUAAUAAAAAAUAAAAAAACGUUUUUUUAUUGUUUAAAAAAACAUGUUUCUCACUACUGCAAAAAAAAAAAAAAAAAAAAAAAUUGUAGUAUUUUGGUCUUGUUUUACAGUAAAAAUAUCUAAACGUUCUUAAAACGAGAUUUUAAUCAAGAAGCAAAAUUGUGCAAGAAAUUAGACUUUUUUUCACAGAAUUUUUCUUAAUAUAUCUUAAAGGAAUAUUCUGUGCUCAAUACAAGUCAAGCUCAAUCGAAAGCAUAUGUGGCAUAAUGUUGAUUACCAGAAACAUUUAUUUUGAUUACUUUUUAAUCUGGGUUACAGUGAGGCAAUUACAAUGGAAGUGAAUGGGGCAACCUAGGGUCUGUCCCAAAACUUAGUGAGCUUCCUUGCUGUCUCCUGCCUACACAGGCAGUCUUCUAUGGCAGCUUCCUUGCUGAAAUGAUGCCUCAUAAGAGAGCUUUUUGGAACAGCUCCGUACAUCAUUCAAAUAGCGCUCCUCACGCGUAGCACACGGGACACUCGACUCGCAGCUGGUUUCGAUACAGGUGAUGCAAGAGAAAGGACACAAUCCUUUAAUGAGCAUAAAUACGCACAGAACACAUUUUGGGUAAAUUAUGAUUUGUGUCAUGUUAAACUGCUAUUUAUCGAUACUUUUCAGUAUUGAAUGGACUAAAUUCCUCUCGCUUCAUCCGCCGUCUUAGAUUUAUUUUUCCACCAAGCUCAUCACAGUGCAUUCUGAGAUCAUAAGGAUACAUAUGAUGGUACCGUAGGUUAGAAACAAAACGAGAUAUCCUAAGAGGCAGCGUAAUUAAGAUACCAACCUAUAGGAAUGGCCUUCGCAUCGGGAGCACGCCUGUGAUGUCUUAAAAUGCUGCCUCCGAAGGAAGCUCACUAGGUUUUAGAACAGACCCCUGGACUUUUAUGUGCCACGUUCUAUGUUUUGUCGCAGUUUCCUGGUGAAUUGAACACUAGAGGCAUUACAACAACUGUGUGUUUUAUUCACUGUCACACAAAUCACAAGUACAAUGGCUGAUUAUGUCUUUAUAAACACGUAUUUGUCGCUCAGUUUCUCACAUACUACAGUGUUAUGAUAUCAGAACACUUUUACUAUAACACAUUUGAAAAAUGACACAUUUUAACGCUUGUAUUACAGACGAAACCUACAUUUACACACUUAUUCCAAUGUGAUUAACUUGGAUGCUAGCUCACCUUAUUCACCUUAAAAACCUUGUCGGAUUAUGACACCAUUUCACUCGCUUUUGGCGCCCCCCGUUGGACAUUUCACUGGAAAACUGCAGCCAAAUGUGUAAUAAGGCAUGGAAUUUUGUUUUGCAAAAAUGUUGCCAUGGUAACGUAAUGAACAUGCGAUCAGGCUGCAGUGGGGCCAAUGUGUAAACAUUAAAAUACUCACGGUUUCAAAAGUAUAGACACAAGUUGUAAACAAUAUUUGUAUUAAAAUUAUUUUAGUGUGAUAAAAUCACUUUCUGACCAUUUCUGUGGAAAGUUACAAUAUUACAACUUCAUUGCCAUGACGACGUGAUGCUGGUACACCCUAAAACAACCGUAAAAAGCGUUUACAGCUCAAAGUUUUAACAGAAGAAUUCAUGUAAGUGCUUUUAUAAAAUUAUAAGCUUCACAUUUCUGCCUUUAAACCCUCCAAAAAUUGGCCCCAUUGACUUCCAUUGUAAGUGCCUCACUGUAACAUCCAAGAAAAGAAGGGACGAGUCAAAAUUGUUUUUUUGGUAAUCAACAUUAUGCCAUAAACACGGUCAAUUGAGCUGAACUUGUUUUUCAAUAUCUUUGAUAAGAUAUUGUUUUUCCAAGUACAUGUAUCUUGUUUUAAGGAUGUUUAGAUGCUGGAAAAACAGCAAAAAAUACUGUUUAAGAGAAUCAGUUUUUGCAGUAAAACACUGAAUCCCAUCUCCUCACAUCCCACUGAAAAUAUCUGAAUGUGCAUGAUGCUUCAUUUCAUUAUCUCAACAUGGCUUUCUUUCUUUUUUUUAUUUUCUCCCAUUUUUCUCCCCAAUUUGGAAUGCCCAAUUCCCAAUGCGCUCUAAGUCCUCGUGGUGGCGUAGUGACUCACCUCAAUCUGGGUGGCGGAGGACGAAUCUCAGUUGCCUCCGUGUCUGAGACCGUCAAUCCGCGCAUCUUAUCACGUGGCUUGUUGAGCGCGUUACCAUGGAGAUGUAGCGUGUGUGGAGGCUUCACACUAUUCUCCACGGCAUCCACGCUCAACUCACCACACGCCCCGCCGAGAGCGAGAACCACAUUAUAGCGACCACGAGGAGGUUACCCCAUGUGACUCUACCCUCCCUAGCAACCGGGCCAAUUUGGUUGCUUAGGAGACCUGGCUGGAGUCACUCAACACACCCUGGAUUCAAACUCACGACUCCAGGUGUGAUAGUCAGCAUCAAUACUCGCUGAGAUACCCUCAACAUGGCUUUCUUACUUCAAUGUUUACUGCUUUGCACCACUGGAUUCAAAGAGGAAAGGUGUAACUGAAAGCAAGCUUUAUUCACCCUCUCUCUGAUCAAAUACGGUUGCAGUACUUGAGUGGAAAAGUGAUGUGACCUUUGAUGUCAGACUUAUAAAGUCGAGAGGACGUGUUUGACAAUAUUACUAACGCAGGACAAGACUGAAAACUUCUUUUAAGAAAUGUUAUUUGCACUGAAGCCAAUGCCGUCCUCAUAUCUGUUUUAUUUCAAGUACGUUUUACAUAGAUCUGUCUUAACAAUCCCAAUUCAACACUACUGACAGUAUAGCCGUAGUCUACCUCUAAAAAACAUUACAGAUAAAAUAGAUCUCGUAUCUGAUGAACAGCGUAGGUCUUAUAUGGACAGAAUCAGAGAAACUGUGGAGUAUUAAAUUGAGUUUGAUUACAGGAAAUCUACUUCAAUUGGGUGCUACUUUCAAACAGGUAGAUGCAUAUUGUACUGUAUGUUAUAUGAAAGAAUAAUGGGGGGGAAAUAAAUAAGAUAUGAAGACAUUAACAUUCUUUAUUCAUUUGUUUAUUUGUCGCUUUAUUUGAUUGUUGUUGUUUUUUUAAAUAUUGUAAAUAAUGUAACUACUUGUAGAAUAGAAUAUGAAUUAAAACAUUCUUUUGCCCAAAUCUCACUUGUUUGUUUGUUUGUUUGUUUACAUUUUAAAUU